AUGAUCCUCUUGGAAGACCACAAUAAAAUUAUUCAGGAUGUAUUGACCGACAAGUUUAGCAAGCCAGGUUCAUUGGAUCAAGCUUUUGUCGAUUUCGAUGGCGUCAGAUAUCAUCUCUCAACUCCUACUAAGAAGACGAUUGUCAUGUUGUCAAUGGGCGUGAGAUGCUGGCACGAGCUGGUCGAAUACGGUGUGUGGGAUAUCAUGAAACGCGAAUACGCCAAUUGGAUUUCUCAGGAGAUCGAGCCAGACUACGAUAUCAGUUUGAUAUUCGAGGUGGAGAAGCUGCCGACUGAUCCAGAGGAACGUUCGGCUUUGAUCCGAUCGGUUGCACUCCUCAAGCGCAAUGCACUGGCGGCACCCUUUGAACGCGCAUUUGAAAUCCAAAAGGCACUCGAAGCUAAUCCUCCCAAUCCUGACGCGGCGCCCAGAGAUCCCAAUCAGGACCUGAUGGCCCUCAACUAUCGCCCAGAGGAAGCGAUCUAUGUGAUUCCUAACAUCGACCGGGUCACCGUCGUGUUCAGUACGAUUUUUCGAGAGGAUACUGACAUGGUUUAUGGCAAAGUGUUCUUGCAGGAAUUCGUUGAUGCUAGGAGACGUCCUGCUAUCCAAACUGCACCCCAAAUCCUUUAUUCGAACCGAGAGCCUCCGCGUGAAAUAAAUCAUAUUCCGGGACUUGCAGCCACAGAAAACAUGGGGUAUGUGACCUUCGUCUUGUUUCCGAGACAUUUCUCUACGCCUGAAGUCGCCUUCAGCACAAUCUCUCGAAUCCAACUGUUCAGAGAUUACCUGCACUAUCACAUCAAAGCUUCAAAAGCUUAUCUCCACUCUAGAAUGAGAGCCAGAACCAAUGAGUUCCUGAAGAUAUUAAAUCGGGCCAAACCUGAAGUGCUUGAUAAAGAACGAAAGACUGCGAGGUACGCAUCCCUGACCUUGUUUCUUUCUAAUAUCUUCGUACACUUGACCGACUGA